AUGCACUCUAUUCGUCUCUCGUUCCCUCUCAUCCUCUUCCAUCCUCUCCCAUCCCCCCUCCACGCCCUAUUCCAUUCCCAAUCCCUCUCCUCCACUUCCAUCCUCUCUCAUCCCCUCACCUGCCCUCUAUUCCCCUCUCGUUCACUCUCAUCCUCUCUCAUCUGCUCUCGUCCCCUCUCCACGCCCCAUUCCUCUCUCAUUCCUCCUCUUCCCCUUCCAUCCCCUUUAAUCCCCUUUCAUCCCCAGUCAUCCUUCUCGUCCCCUCUCGUCCUCUCCCAUUCAGGGUUCUGCCCUCAUUCCACUCUCCACAUACAUCCUCUUUCAUCCUCUCUCGACCGUACUCAUCCCCUCUCAUCCCCUUUCCUCCUUUCCCGUACCCUCACAUGCCUUCUAUCCCCCUUUCAUUCCCUCUCAUCCCCUCUCGUCCUCUCUCGCCCCCUCUCCAGGCCCUCUCCUCUCAGUCCCUCUCGUCCUCUCUCGUACACUCUCCUGCCCUCUGAUCCACUCACUAUCCCUCUCAUCAUCUCUCAUCCCCUCUCACCCCCUUUUACUCCCCUCAUUUUCACUUGCUUCACUUCUCAUUCCUGUUCAUCCUUUCUCUUCCUCUCUCCUGCCAUAUAUGCCCCUCACUUUCCUGCUCAUUUCCCUCUCCUCCCCUUUCAUUCCCUUCCACCCCCGCUCAUCCACUCGCCUGUCACUCACUUUCAUCAUUUUUUGUACCGUCCCCUGCUUUCUAUUCCCCUCUCAUUUGUUGGAAACAUAUAG